UACAGGCAGUCGUAAGGAGGAUUCCCCUUCACCUAAAAUGGCUGGCACCGCGAGGCAUGAUCGAGAAAUGGCCAUGCAGGCUAAAAAAAAUCUUUCUAGCUGCAAAGAUCCAGUGGAAAGGUUACGCCUCCAAUGUCUGUCCCGAGGUUCUGCUGGCAUCAAAGGUUUGGGCCGGGUAUUUCGAAUUAUGGAUGAUGAUAACAGCAGAUCCCUUGAUUUUAAAGAAUUUCUAAAAGGAUUGAAUGAUUAUGGGGUCGUAAUUGAAAAAACUGAAGCUCAGGAUAUUUUCUCAGUAUUUGACAAAGACAAAAGUGGAACCAUAGAUUUUGAUGAAUUCCUUGUCACAUUACGGCCACCUAUGUCAAAUGCAAGAAAAGAAAUGAUCAUGCAGGCGUUUAGAAAACUGGACAAAUCAGGAGAUGGUAUUGUAACUAUUGAAGAUUUACGAGGGGUAUACAAUGCAAAGUACCACCCAAAAUAUCAAAAUGGAGAGUGGACUGAAGAUCAGGUUUUUAGGAGCUUUCUUGAUAAUUUUGACUCCCCCUAUGACAAAGAUGGGCAGGUUACUCCGGAAGAAUUUACAAACUACUAUGCAGGUGUCAGCGCUUCAAUUGAUACUGAUGUUUACUUUAUCACCAUGAUGAAAAAUGCCUGGAAACUUUAAGUGUUACAAAAGAUGAAUUCAUGAACUAUUAUGCUGGAGUUAGCGCUUCCAUUGACAGUGAUGUCUACUUUAUACUUAUGAUGAGAAAAGCCUGGAAAUUAUGAAACAGAUAUUUUAGGAUCAUAUUUUAUGUUGUUUUGCCCGUUUGAAUAAUGGAUCAUAUCUGAAGACGUGAUAUUUCUGGUUAAGAAUAUAAAUCACACAACAUUAGAAACCUAUCUUUGAAACGAUGCUCUAAUUUACAUUUGCACUAAUUAGAGCAUGCCUACCUGAAUAUUCCAGUUUUCAUUUGCAAUUCUGGACACUUUUUAAAGUGGCGCCAAUUUAACGCUGAAAAAAUCCCCACCACCAUUUAAAAUAUUUUAUGAGGAACAGAAAAAUGCAAAUAUCUAUUAAUCAAAACUAAUGUAUAAUUAUGAUAGAGCUUCAAAGUUGUGAUAUUGUUUUGUCUCUGCUCAGAUGAUUGUGAUAUGAUGCAUUUAAUUUAUCUUUUUAUAUUAAAAUUGUCUUGAUAUA